AUGAUAACAAAAUCUGUCAUACAGGCGAAAGGCGCCGUGGUCACUUCUGACAAUGACGCCCAAGCACAUCCGGUCGAACAGUUGGAUGGGGGAGUUCGCGCCUGGACAGUUGCUGCUGGGGCGUGGUGCUGUCUAUUCUGUGCCUUUGGUUGGCUAUUGGCAUUUUCCAAGAGUAUUAUCAGAAUAAUCAACUACAGUCUUACUCGUCGUCCAGUAUCUCCUGGAUCUUAUCUUUGGAGCCCUUUGUACUCUUUGCAGCUGGACUCGUCAUUGGAAGAGUAA